AUGAAAAAUGUGCUACCGUAUUUAUUUGAAGGUUUAGUUGUAAGAGGAUUCGGUAGAGGUGGAAAAGAAUUGGGAUGUCCGACGGCGAAUUUGGAAGAUUGUGUUGUGGCGAAUUUGCCAGAUGAGUUGAAGGUUGGCGUUUAUUUUGGAUUGGCCAGUUUGAAUGGGAAGGUGAGCGAAAAUUUGAAGUUUUGGGAGGGAAAAUUAGAAUUUUCAGCAUUUUUUAAGCCUAGGAGCUGAAAAUCCAGGUUUUUGACUCAAUUUCGCAUCAAAAACCUGGAUUUCAUCUUGAUUUUCAUUAUAAAAAAUUUGAAUUUUCUACUUUUGGCGCCAAAAUUAUCAAUGGAGCGAAUUUGCUCAAUUUUGCAUCAAAAACCUGGAUUUCAUCUUGAUUUUCAUGUGAGAAAAUUUGAAUUCCGAUUUUUUCGCUCCCAAAUUAUCAAUAGAGCGCAUUUUCUCAAAAAUAUCGAUUUUUCAUCGUUGUUGGUCCAAAAACAUGCUUCUGGGCUUAUUUUUCAUGCAAAAUCUUGAAUUUUGGUCAAUUUAAGGUCGAAAUUGCUGAAAACCCCGAUUUCUAACUGAAACUCUGGAAUUUUCAGCAUUUUUCAGACCUAGAAGCUAGAAAUCUCGAAUUUCUAUUGAAAAAUCAGAAUUUUUAGCAUUUUUUAGGUCUGGGAGCUGAAAAUCCCUCGAUUUUUCCAGGUUUUCAGUAUGGCAAUGAGUGUCGGCAAAAACCCGCAAUACAAAAAUGAGAAAAAAACGCUGGAAGUGAAUUUGAUCGGCUAUAAUGGUCCCGAUUUUUAUGGUUCAACAAUUCGUGGAUUAAUUAUUGGAUUUAUUCGAGAAAUGUCGAGUUUUGUGUCAUUAGGUAAGAAAAUUUCGGAAUUUUUAGAAUUUAAAAAAAACAGAAAUAAAAAUUUUAAAAAUUCAAAAAAAAACAGAAUUAAAAAAAAUUUUUUAAAUUUUUUUUCAAUUUUAAAAAAAAAUUUUUUUCCAAAAUCAGAAUUUUUUUUAAAAAUCAGAAAUAAUUCAAAAAAUUCAAAAAAAAUCAAAUUUUUUUAAAAUCAGAAAUACAAAUUUUAGAAAAAAUCAAAAAUUUUAAAAAAAUCUGAAAUAAAAAUUUUUUAAAAAAGCGAAAAUUUUUUUCAAAAAUCAGAAAUAAUUUUUGAAAAUUCAGAAUUUUUUCAGAUUUUUUUCAGAUUUUUUUCAAAAUCAGAAAUCAAAAAUUUUUAAAAUUCAGAAUUUGUUUUAAAAAUCAAAAUUCGAAAAAUUUUAAAAAUUGAGAAUUUUUUAGAAUCAGAAAUCAGAAAUAAAAUUUUUAAAAAAAUAAUUCAAAAAAUUUUCAGACGCUCUCAAAGCUGAAAUUGCAAAUGACAUUGAAAUCGCGAAAAAGCAGACUGAAAAUGUUGAAGAUUUGAAGCAUCAAUAUUUCGAGCAUUCCAAGAUCUGA